UCCUACUAAGUGUUAAUUAUUAACCUUCUUCACACGAUCAACCAAGUGGGAGAAUAAAGCUGAUUAUGACAUCCAAAACUCAGAUUUUAUAUCUUUGAUCAUCAUUAGCCAUAGGCUGUUAAUUGUUAAACCUAUUUAAGCGACGAAAAUCCGACAUAUGUUGCGGUAGCCUUCCUCUGAUCUCUCUCUUGUGUAUCAUCUGAAGUUCUUACGUGUCGUUACGACAGAAGAUAAUGGCAAUGGAGGAUGAUGAUGCAAAGGGAGAUAGAAGAGGUUGUACGGAUACUGUUUGGGUUAUUGGGUUUGUGCUUCCGUUGGUCAUGCUUGUAUGGAUGGUCCAUAUGGGAUAUAGACUGACAACUGAAAUGAGAGAUGAUGAAAGUGGUAGUUUUGAGGGAAGCUACAUAGCUCUUUUGUUCGGGAUUGUCACGGUAGUUUUUGGUUUGAUCUAUUUCAUCGUCGGGUUGACCAUUGUUGCAGAGUUAGCUCAGGAUUUGGUAGCUUGGGCGGACAAGGAACAAGACGGAGAAAUAAUCAGAAACCAAGAAAAGGAGCAGAAGACCAUUUGUCAGAUCGUUAUACAAGUUUUAGCCACCAUGAUUUCAAUGUUCAUGCUCACAUGGACAAUAUACUAUGGGUAUAGGUUAGCAGCAGAAACGCAAAGGGUUGUCAUGUACAGUCACUUGGCAUUCUUGAUAGGAGUAAUUACCAUGGCUUUUGGCUUCAUAUACUUCAUAAUUGGGAUUGCUCUAGUAGCAGAUUCUGCACUACAUCUCUCAGGAAGAUUACAACAAGAUGUCUCUGAAAGUGAUCUAUCCUUAGGCAAAGACAUGGAAGCAAGUCUUCUGGUGUAAUAGGGCAACCACCAGAGAAACACCACCGACUACAUUUUUUUUGUUCUGGCUGCUAACAAGCUGACACCCUAUAUGGUGCGAUUAUGUUCACCAUAUAUGGAUAGCCAAGGUGCAGACUUUACAAUCCUGAAGCAGGAUUAAGCAACAACUCUUGUAAUAGGCUCGACUGGUGGGAGAGGAAGAAGAAACAGAACAUGCAAGUGAUGCAUCCUUUUUUGAACAAAAUUUCAGGACACGAACACAAGAAAUGCAUUUGAGAAGAGCGAUUCCUGGGCAUGUUCCAUUUGACUACAAGAUCACAACUAACUGAUCAAGUUCUGACUCUAGACAGAUAAUACAGUAAUUCUAAUAUGAAAAUAAUUUAGGAUAGAAGCAUGACUUUAAGCCAUUAAAUUAUAUACAGUUAAUGUUCUUAUAUUGUAAGUUUCUCCAAAUCAUGGCAUUGUAUGCUGGAUAUUAUCGUAUUCAAGUAUGUUUCUCCAUAUGUAAGCUAGCUAUACUCCUAAAGAUGAACUGAUAAGAUUCCUCUAAGCAAAUUCUAAGUUUCUAGGCAGCAUUACAAAAUUGUCUCUCAAUAUCUGAUCACAUCUUCUGUUUGCAACUGACUCACCAAUUCAACAGAAGUUAAAACAGCCACCUUUCCCCCAACAACACUUAAAACUAGAUUCUAAAUGUGAAGAUUACACAAAACCAUCAGGUAAACAUAUAAAUACACAAUAAGAAACCUAACACACUGCAUUGAACAAGAUUAUACAGAAAGCACGUCUCACACAUGAAGGCUCCUUUCAAUUCGUUGAUUAGUGAUAGGUACCUCCCUUGGUUGUUCAAAGAAAGUGCUAUUAUGAGGCAUAAACCACCCCAACACCCACCGUCACCUCCUCCCAUCAAGAACCACUUCUCCACCAUACAUACCACCUCCCACUACCACAUUUGAAAUACAACCAAUUAAUCUAUAUACACCUAGAAUCGGAAUCACCAGACACAAUCGUGUUUCUUGAGAACGAACAUAGUCUCUAUAAUUUAUAGCCAAUACCAAACAAUAGACUUCCUAAUCUAUGUAUAACUCUAUGCUUUCAUUCUCCAAGUUUCACAUACUAUUAUUGCACCCUUCA